AGGGAACGUGCACCGCUUCAGUUUUGUUUUGAAGCUGAAGGAAGAGCUUCUUCUCUGCACUUGAACGCAUCCUCUCGCUCUUUGUUUGAGUUCGCACGUCUGAACUCGGACUACUCAAAGGACUGCUAACUUUUGCAAGACCAAAGAUGAUUUUCGACAAGCUGAAAAAGUUCGACAUAGUGUUUGAUUCUCCGGAGCUGGACUGUGCUCCGGUGUUCAGCAGUGGAGAUGUUGUCUCCGGGAAGGUCGUGCUCGAGCUUUUGGCGGAGAGUAAAGUCGAGUCGCUGAAGUUACACGCUGAAGGUUUCGCUAAAGUUCACUGGACCGAGUCCCGCAGCGCCGGCUCCAGCACCGCGUACACGCAGAACUACAGCGACGAGGUGGAGUACCUGAACCGGAGAGAGGUGCUGCUGCAGGCAGAUAACGGUGAACUGACUGUCCUGUCUGCCGGGAGACACGAGUACCCUUUCAGUUUCCAGCUGCCAGAGGAAACUCUAGUGACAUCCUUUGAAGGCAAACACGGCAGCAUUCGAUACUGGGUGAAGGUUAAGCUGCAUCGCCCAUGGGCCACCGUCAAGAAGAUCAAGAAGGAGUUCACCGUCAUCGAGCCCAUUGACAUCAACACGCCAACUUUACUGGCACCUCAAGCUGGAACCAGAGAGAAGAUGUCCCGCAUCUGGUACCGCAACUGCGGACAGGUGUCGAUCACCGCGAAGAUCGACCGCAAGGGCUACACGCCGGGGGAAGUGAUUCCAGUCUUCGCCGAAUUCGAUAACUCCACGUCUCGCUCCGUGGUGCCGAAAGCUUACAUCACCCAGACGCAGACCUUCUUCGCAAGGGGCACCAUGAAACAAAAGCGAGCCGUGGUGGCCACUCUGUGCGGGGACAUAGUUGGUGCACACCGUAGGGAGACGUGGCACGGCCGAGCCAUCAAAAUCCCUCCAGUCGGGCCGUCCAUCCUGCAGUGUCGCAUCAUUAAAGUGGAAUACAUGCUCAGGGUGUGUGUUAGUGUUCCUGGGACGUCCAAGCUUUGCCUGGAGCUUCCUUUGGUUAUGGGCACCAUCCCUUUGCAUCCGUUCGGCAGUCGCACGUCUAGCGUUAGCAGCCAGUACAGCGUCAACAUGGAGUGGCUUCGCAUGGCCAUCCCGGAGCAGCCUGAGCCUCCUCCAGAUUACAGCUCGGUCGUGUCAGACGCGGAUGCGGUGCAGAACUCCACCGCAGUCCCACCUGAGGAAGACCUCAGCGGCGUGCUGCAGCGCUCCCUCUUGGCCUACAUGCAGGAGUUCAGACUACGGCCUCCUCCGGUGUACUGCGAGGUGGACCCAAACCCUCACUGUAUCACCAUGCGUCCUCGCUGCAUGACCUGUUGAACUCUCUGCCAGCUGAACAUCACCUGAUGUUCGAAACCAAAGCUGAGAUUUGAUUCUCCCGGACGCCUCUUUGAGAUUGGCACUUGUUCCUUGUUGGUGCCAUUGGCAUCUGUGCUUCCUGCAUCGGGGCCGAGAGAGGAGGAGAUGUCUGGACUAGGCGAGGCAGAGCACUCGCAUCAAACAAAGAGGACAUUCAGUACCGGAGCAAACAAAGCUUCUAUACCCACAUUUGUGUCCCUAAGAGCCAUCAGACUCUGGCUUGUGACUAGAACGGUUGUAUGUAGAUUCAGGGAAUUUGGGCAUGAUCACUAGAGAAUUAUAGGUGCAAAGCCAUUCUUGAUGCUGCACAAUGUGCCUUAUUUUGCUGUGAACGAGGGCCGAGUCCCUCUUAAAUCCAGCUGCAGGCUGUCACCUUAGAUGCUAGCAGGCAUGUGAUGCCGUCCUCUCCCAAAAACAUACGUCUCAUUUGGUGUUGAUGUUCACCAAAGAGAUUGGUUUAACGUUCAUGUGAACGGGUAAUUCUAUGCAAAAGGGAGCAAUUGCAAAAAAUGCACCCCCCCACUGCCCUCUUGGAGUGGAUCUCAUGUUGUCAAGUUUGGUUUGGCUCGACAGAGGUCGAGUCCAUGACCUGGAAGGUCUAAACAUCUCACUGAAUGCAAACCACAGAUAACUUUUGUGCAUAAGCGUUGUUUUUCUUGGUCAUUUUUGCCAGUGACUUGAGGUAAUGUAAAACAGGGCUAGAGCAGCCUUUGACCCUUAGCUUUAUGAAUAAUGGGGGAAAAUACAGAGCUGUGUGUAUCCAAGGUGCCUUUUUUUGUUGUUUUAGAAGAAACAAUGAACGACUACAGGGAUUAUGUCAUGCUAAGCUUUCCUAGUGUUACAAGUCCCUGAAGUGUCCUUCCAGACAUUCCAAAAAAACCACAGACUUGCUUCAUUUCCAGAUUAUGAGAAAAUGUACCAUCAGGCUUAAACACAAUGAUUGUUUAUGGCACUCAUUUUGAAUGAAUGUAUUUGAUCGAUUGUUGUUUUGUUGAAAUUUGUGAUGAGUUUAUUUUUUGCUAAUCACUUUUAAGUAAAUAAAAAAAGAAAAACAGAA